AUGUUGAGAUCAUUGUUGUCUCAGAGAUACAAUUAUCGAGUACGUUUAUCUUCAUUGUCAAAAUAUCAAUUGAAUAGAAUGUCAUCUUCACCCAAAAUAGCUCUCAAUCUGACUUCUUCUUCUGCUUCUAAUACCGAGGAAGCAGUUGUUCUUAGUACCAAGCAAAACCAUGCGCGGUUAAUAAUCUUGAAUCGUGUUAGGAAAUUAAAUUCGUUGAACACUGAAAUGGUUGGGCUUAUUACCCAGAGCUUGUUAGACAAUAUUAGAUCCAAAGACAAUAAUGUCACUAUCUUAACCACUAAUUCUCCAAAGGCUCUAUGCGCCGGAGGAGACGUUGCUGAAUGUGCAGUGCAAAUUGAAAAGGGCAAUCCAGGGUAUGGUGCUGACUUCUUCGACAAGGAAUACAACAUGAACUAUAUUAUCGCCACAUCGCCCAAACCGUUUAUUUCCUUGAUGGAUGGUAUAACUUUUGGUGGUGGGGUUGGUUUAUCGGUACAUGCCCCCUUUAGAGUUGCCACUGAAAAGACCAAGUUGGCUAUGCCCGAAAUGGACAUUGGGUUUUUCCCAGAUGUUGGCACAACAUUCUUCUUGCCUAGAUUGGACGACAAAUUGGGGUACUAUACAGCUUUGACGGGUGCCGUUUUGUCAGGAUUGGAUGCGUAUUUCAUGGGAUUUGCAACUCAUUAUAUUAAAUCAGAGAAAAUCCCUUACUUGAUAAACAGAUUAGCCGAUUUACAACCACCAGAAUUGGAAGAGGGCGCUGAAUUUUCAUUAGUAAAGGGAAAUUCAAUAUACUUUGACCAAGUCAACAAUAUUUUGAACGAUUUUUGCGAAAAGAGACUUCCAAGCGACUACAAAUUUUUAUUAAGUGAUGAAGAAAUUAAGUUGACCAAGGAGGCAUUUUCUCAAGAUAGUAUUGAAAAUGUUUUGGCUUAUCUUGAAAGGGAAAGUGAAAAAUCACCAUUUGCAAAGAAAACUCUUGAAAAGUUAUUGCAAAAACCAAGAACUUCCUUGGUUACUGGUUUUGAAUUGAUGAACCAAGGUUUGAAAAAUUCAAUCAAACAACAAUUGGAGUUGGAAAUGGUCUCGGCAACAAAUAUCAUGAGGAUACCAGCCGAGAAGAAUGACUUUGCCAAAGGUGUCAUACACAAAUUGGUAAAGAAAAUCAAAGAUCCAUUUUUUCCCCAAUGGAAUGAUCCAAGUACCGUGACCCCAGAAUUCUUAAAGUAUAUAUUCACAGAAACAGACGAAACACUACAACUUUUGACAACCCCAUUAAUCAAAAAAUGGUUUAACCUUGACUUUGACAAGUAUCCAUUAAACUACGGCUUACCAAGAGCAGAAGAAGUUGCUCUGUAUAUCGCUGGCAAGGAUGGCUCAAACAGAUCUUACUUGCCUACACCUACUGAAGUCUUCAAGCAUUUUAAGCACAAGACAAAUAACAAGUUGGGUGUCGAAUUGAAAAUCAAGCAAAUAUUGGACUUGCAUGGAGAAACAGCCAAGUACGAUAAUAAAUAUGUUACUUGGAAGGAUUGA